AUUUUCCAAAUACAUCACAGACAGAUUAGAAUGUGCUCUGGCUACUCCAGGAAGUAACAAAGCACUGAAUCAAAUGCAACUAGCACACAUUGUAUUAGCCUAAUUAAAUCAAAUUGAAAUCCCAGCUUCUCAAUCGAUCGAGCCACGUGACAGCUCGUUUUCGCCAAACAUGCACAUCACUCCUGCAAAUCACUCUUGCAAAUCAGGUAUAUGCGCUGCGUCAACCGUUUGGGGUUUAGCCUAGGGCGGCUAUUGCUAGAAUUUUAGUAGCCUAUAUUAGAACAUGGCUAGGUUUGUAGUAGAGGUGUUUUUUGUCCUUGUUUUCUCCGCCACCAAUGCGGCGCAUGAGGAGGUCAUUGAUGUGAUUCUAGCCAGCCUCGCCAAAAGCGCAUCGUUCCUGGAGCAAGAGCACCGUAACAUCAACCUAGACGGAGUGGUCGGGUACACCAUCCUGCAGGCGGAGUUGAAGGAAGCAGUGAGAACUUGGCCCCACACUGACCCUCUGAGCUGGUCUCAGCGCACCGCUACGGUUACCCUGGUCAAGAGGUUGGACCAGAGCCUGGCUAAGGCUGUCACUGAGCUGGAGAAGACUGACCCCAAAUACUACAGAGAGUUUGAGCCUCUGUUGAUCUGGACCUUCUGGUCAGUACCCCAUGAGUGGAGCUCCACAGAUCCCUCUCUGGCCUACUCCUCCGGUCGUACCAUGGAGUGUUACGAUGAGACACAGAGCGACAAGUGUAUGACCCUGCUUCUGGGAACAUGGAAGAACAACGGGACUCCUUGCAUCGUGACCAAGUCAUGUCGUGACACAAUGACGAGGUUUGGAUGUCCUAACUACUCCCUCUCUCACCAGCUGCUCUACUUCAUGCUGGGAGCCAAUAGAGGUUGCUCUGCCAUGUUGAAGGGGGACAUGCGUCCAUCGCGUGCUAACCUAACAGAGAGACAGUACCAGGGGAUAUUCUGCUCCAACAUGCUGAAGGGAAACAUGGACAUCAUACAGAAGAACUUCACCGGGGAGACCCAGGACAUCUUCAUCGAAAACAUACUGCUGUGUGGAUUGGCUGGUUUCUCUGACUUUCUCAAAGUUGAUUGGCUGCAGCACAUUCUGAGGCUGCAGGAUCAGGAAGUGGGAUGUUUUACACAGCCCCACAGAAGAGUGAAGAGGAGAGAGAGAAUGUUGAAGGAUGGUUGUUCCAGUCACAUAACAGGCGUGUCAGUGAGCGCUCUGGGAGGAUACCUCAACUACUACCUGACAGAGCAGGACAUCACCAAGAGACCACUCACCUGAAUGUCAACCACCCUUCACCUGAAUGUCAACCACCCUUCACCUGAAUGUCAACCACCCUUCACCUGGAUGUCAACCACCCUUCACCUGGAUGUGUGACCCUUCACCUGGAUGUGUGACCCUUCACCUGGAUGUGUGACCCUUCACCUGGAUGUGUGUCCCAAAUAGCACCUUAUUCUUUACUUAUAGCACUACUUCUGACCAGGGCCCCGUAGGGCUCUGGUGAAAAGUAGUGCACUGUGUAGGGCAGUGUGUGUCCAUCCUCUCCUGGGGACCCCCGGCCGUUCCAUGGUUUUCAUCUAUUCCACAGCACCAGUGGUGUUAACUACUUAAAGUCAUUUCCCUGACACCCAAAAGUACUCGUUACAUUUUGAAUGCUUAGCAGGACAGGAAAAUUGUCAUAUUCAUGCACUUAUCAGAAGAACACCUGGUCAUCUCUACUGCCUCUUAUCUGGCGGACUCACUAAACACAAAUGCAUUGUUUUUAAAUGAUGUCUGAGCGUUGGAGCGUGCCCCUGGCUGUCCGUGAAUUUAAAAAAGAAAAAGAAAAUGGUGCUGUCUGAUUUGUUUAAUAUAAGGAAUUAGAAAUAAUUUAUACAUUUACUUUUGAUACUUAAGUAUAUUUAAAACCAAAUACUUUAAGACUUACUCAAGUAGCAUUUUACUGGGUGACUUUUACAUGAGUCAUUUUCUAUCUUUACUUUUACUCAAGUAUGAUAUUUGACUAGCACACCUGAUUCAACUUGUCAACUAAUCGUCAAGCCCUUGACUACUUGAAUCAAGUGACCUAGUUCAGGGCUACAACAACAAUCUGUAAGGUCUGGGGUUCCCAGAGAAGUGGUUUGAGAAGCCCUGAUGUAGGGGAUAGGGCUCUUUGGGACACAUCCCAGGGCUACACAGAGCAUCAGUGUCUCACUUAGAAAACGUUUGUAGUUCACAUAGAUUUGAUAGUAAAUUAUGCGUAUGAUGAAAUCCAUAACUACACAAUGCCAUUUAUAAAUCUUAAACUUGAAAUGAAAAUAUGCAAUUUACAUGUAUUUUGUAUGCCA